UCUGUGACGUAGAUCGCAUGACUAAUGGCAAAUGGCUGCUUCAGGGCAGCAGAGAGCUUUCGCUCAAAAGCUAAAUAAGCAAGGUGCAGCAGAGGUGAGGAAGCAGGUGUCCUCCACUAUACUGUAUGCACCGUCAGACCUUGCACGGAGUGUCAGUGGUCUCAACCUCACAGUUCCACUCAGUGAUGUUGUAGACCCCCCAGACUUUGAAGAUUUUGUUAUACAGAACCAGUGCACUGUUGAAAGAGACCCUUUUAAAGACCUGAUCUUAUAUCCCGAAGAUGACAUUGAUGUCCACCCAUUACCGAAAAGAUGCCGCACAGUCAACCCAAUUGUACCAGAGACAGGGGCUGAUGCAGAUGCUCAUGUCUUUGACUGUGCAAGGAGGUACACAGCUGAUUAUACCACCGUAACACGCAGGUAUCAGCGGUACAGCUCCAGUGUGUGUAAUAAAGAGAAGCUAAACGACCACAAUGACUUGGUGGUGCAGGAGUACGAGGUGGACGCUGAGGAAACCAUGACAGACCAGGACAAGGAGAACUCCAACAAACGGCAGUCAAUCCAUAUAAAUGAUACGCCACGUGGGAGCUGGGCCAGCAGUAUAUUUGACCUGAAACAGUCGCAGGCCGACAGUCUCCUUCCAAACCUGUUUGACCGGGUCAGCUACGAAGAGAUUGAUCAAAAGAAUUCAGAACAGAGACAGGAAAAUCGACAGGACUCCCUUUUUAGUUUAUAUCAGAUGCAGGAGGAGGAAGACUUGAUAGAGCGCCGAGCCCCAGCACAGAUACCACAGGAACAUUUUGGCCACAGGAUUUUAGUCAAGUGUAUCAACCUCAAACUGGAAUUGGAGUUUGAGCCACUGUUUGCUACUAUGGCCCUAUAUGAUGCAAAGGAAAAGAAGAAGAUAUCUGAGAACUUUUACUUCGACCUUAACCCAGAUAGCUUGAAGCAGAUGGUUCGUGGCCAUAACCCAAGCCAGGAUGUGUCUACAAUGAGUCGAGCCUGUAUCUUCAGCAUCACAUACCCCUCACCAGAUGUGUUCUUAGUCAUAAGGUUGGAGAAAGUGUUACAGCAGGGAGAUAUCGGGGAGUGUGCCGAGCCCUAUAUGAAGGAAGACAAGGCUAAGGAAGACAAACUACGUGGCAAUGCAGCCCAGUUCUGUGAGAGACUAGGGAAGUACAGAAUGCCUUUUGCCUGGACAGCUAUCUAUCUGAUGAAUAUAGUGAGUGGAGCAGGCAGUCUAGAACGAGAGGCCUCAGUGGACAAGAUAGAUACAGACACCUACAGGACAGCCAGCUUAGACAGGAGAAGUUCCGGUGUACCUGGGCAGUAUGACAGUUUCCGUAAACGUGCUCGGGAUGAGAGUGCAUCUCGUCGUGGGUCCAUGGACAGAGGGAGGCCAGGGUAUGAGAAGAGGGGCAGUUCUCCUGAUGAUUAUGGAUCAAGUCUGGACAAUUUCAGACCAGUUACCCUCACUGUCUCCAGCUUCUUCAAACAGGAGGCUGAUAAGCUGAGUGAUGAGGAUCUGUACAAGUUCCUGGCAGACUUAAAACGACCCUCCAGUAUACUGAAGAGAGUCAAGUGUAUUCCAGGUUCCCUGAAGUUAGACAUCUCCAUGUGUCCUGCUGAACCUCGCUACACACUUACACCUGAACUGUGGAAGGUUGAGCCGUACCCUGACGACAAGAACAGACCUACCAAAGAAAUUUUGGAGUUCCCUUCUCGGGAAGUGUUCAACCCCUACUGCACCUACAGAAAUCUGUUGUUCAUCUACCCCAAGAGCUUGAACUUUGCUAACAGACAGGGUUCAGCCAGAAACUUAGCAGUCAAAGUCCAGUUCAUGAAUGGAGAAGAGGAUACAGCUGCCCUUCCUGUGAUAUUUGGGAAGUCUAACUGUCCGGAGCUGUCCAGAGAAGCCUACACAUCUGUAACCUACCACAACAAGUCCCCUGAUUUCUAUGAGGAGAUCAAAGUCAAACUGCCUGCCAAACUGACAGACGUACACCACCUGUUGUUUACAUUCUACCAUCUGAGCUGUCAGAACAAAAAAAAUGAACCUGUUCCUAUAGAAGUGGCUGUCGGCUAUACCUGGCUACCUUUGUGCAGGGAUGGCAGACUGAUGGUUGGGGAGUUCAACCUCCCAGUAUCUGUGGACAAGCUCCCUCCUAGCUACUCCAUCCUCUUUCCAGAUACGGCUCUAACAGGGAUGAAGUGGGUGGACAACCACAAAGGAUUUUUCCAGGUAUCCAUACAGUCUACAUCAUCUGUCCACACUCAGGAUGACAGACUGGAGAAAUUUCUCGGCCUCUGUCGCCUGGCACAGGAUCAGAAGCUUCCACCUCGUAAGAACGAGUCCCAGUUUGAGAUGGAGCUGAAGUACAGUCUUGGAGAGAUACACCUGGUGAAGGGAGAGAAUCUAGUCCAGUUUCUACCCCUAAUACUGGACAAACUCAUACAGCUCCUGGUGCGGCCUCCUGUCAUGUCUGGACAAGCCAUGACUAUAGGACAGGCUGUGUUUGAGACCCUGGUGCAGAUUGUGAAGAAGGUACAUGAACUGUUGGAAGAAAAGAAUGACCACAAUGGUCGGAAUUCCUUACUGGCCUCCUACGUACACUAUUGUUCAUCUCUCCCACACCCAGGCAUGGUCCAUCAAACAACCUUACCAAACCUGAAUUCUUCAUCUGGAUAUAACACUCUGGGGCGACCCUCAUCACUGCCGGUGUCCAAGCAGCCGUACCAGAGGAGCAACAGUAACCCUGACUUGGCUGGCAGUACCCCUACUAGUCCUGAUAACGAGGUCCAAGGCAUCAUUGGUGGUAGUGGGCGUUACCUAGACAGGACUGGCAGUAUGAAAGGAAAUGANAAUACCCUAUUUGAAAACAGUAAAUAUGAUGUUUUUUUGUAGACGGUUCAUGAAGAGCUAACACUACAGUGGUUGGUUCUAAGUGGCCCCGUUCGUGAAGUUGCCCUUGCUCACUCCUGGUUCUUCUUUGAGCUUAUUAUAAAAAGUAUAGCUGAACACCUGGCUAAGACGGACAGGCUGAGCAUCCCACGUCAGAUGAGAUUUCCCGACCACUUCAUAGACGAUAUCAACUCUCUCAUCGGCACCUUCAUGCGUGACAUCCUAGACAGGUACAUCAAGGACCCACCACUAAUCCGAAGCCUCAACACCAGUUUGGCGUUCUUCCUACAUGAUCUAAUUUCCUACAUGGAUAGAGGCUAUGUGUUCCAGCUCAUACGCCAGUACUGCAAAACAAUUUCAGACAGGCUGCGUACCUUGGCUGACGGUACGACUCUGAUGCUGUUGAGACUCGACUUUAUCCGUAUUAUCUGCAGCCAUGAGCAUUUCUUUCCCUUGAAUCUUCCAUUUGCCACUCCACUGACCCCGUCCGGUAACUCAUCGAGCCCGACCCCCAGCAUCUCCAGCAUCACCUCCGCCACGUCCUACACCUCGACCAGCACCCUGACAGACAAAGGCCGCUUCUACGAGCUCACCCUGGAGUUCCGACAACAACAUUUCUUAGUGGGCCUCAUGUUAUCUGACCUUGCCGUGGCACUGGAGACAUUCCACCCUGCCAUACACCAGCGUGCUAUCACCAUGGUAUGUAACAUGUUGUACAACCACGACCUGGACGUACGCUACACAGACCCAGAGAUGAAGAGCAGACUAGCUGCCCUAUACAUGCCCCUCAUAGGCAUAGUAAUAGAUGCCCUCUCUCAGCUGUACGACCCCAGGGUCGAAGGUCGGUACAGAAACUCGGGAAACUUUGAGGAUGAUGAAGGGGAUAAAAUCAGCCAUCGAGUUGCCAUGGCAAUAGCUGGAGGAGAAGGUGUGUUUGGAGGCAGAGUCUCUGAAACUCCUCACUCCAGCAACAGCAAGGCCAAAAAGUGUCCCCUGAGUGCGGAAUGCACGCGCAACCUGCUCAUCUGUUUUAUGUGGGUGCUGAAGAAUGCAGACCAGACGGUUCUGCGACAGUGGUGGACUGACCUCAACAUCGGUGUCCUCAGCCAACUGCUCGAGGUCGUCUACUUUGCCAUCUCCAAUUUUGAAUACAAGGGGAAAUGGACAGUGGUCAACACGAUUAGGCCCCACCUCUCUGUAUCCACGGAAACACUGGCUGAUUGGCAGGAAAGCCCGACUAAUAUGGGCUCUCGACCCAAAAGUGCAAGUCUACCCAAAUCCUAUGAGCAGAUCUGGGAGGGCAUUCAGCGAAAAUCACAGGACCUUCUGAAGGGGCCCGGAUCCCUUCUAAACAGAAGUUUUAGCAAAGACGACCCCUACAAUCAGGGUAAGAAGAGUCUCUCACAAUGCUCACAACAGACACUGAAGAAGAGUGUUGACAUGAAGUCACGCCUGGAGGAGGCCAUUCUUGGUAACCUCAAUGCUCGCACAGAGAUGAUGCUGAGGAGGAAGCAGAUUCCUUAUUCUCAAGGUGAUAGAACACCCCCAUCUGGACCAGCAGGGGGAGAUAACCGGCUGCGCUGGAGAAAGGACCAGCUCCAAUGGAAACCUUCGUAUGAGACAUUUGACAGCUCUAAACCACGGGACAUUGAGGCUGAUGCUCACAUAGAGGGAAAUCUAGCAGCAGAAAUCAGUAUGAUAGAACUGGAUACUCUUGAACUCAUUGUACAGAUCGCACAGAAUUUGGAGCAUAUCCCCUUGCUCAGCUGUGCAUUGAAGGUGCUCCUCCAUGCCUUCAGUCUCAACCAGAGCUCUGUGGUCCUGGAGAACAUGUUUGCUACCCAGCGGUCCCUUGUCACAAAGUUCCUGGACCCGCUGUUUGAGGAGGAGACUGAGCAGUGUGCUGACCUUUGUCUGAGACUCCUACGUCACUGUAGCUCCUGUAUAGCAAACACUCGCUCUCAGGCCAGCGCAUCACUCUACAUGCUUAUGAGGCAGAACUUCGAACUUGGGAACAAUUUUGCACGAGUGAAAAUGCAAGUAACCAUGUCCCUGAGUUCACUGGUCGGACAAAACCAGAACUUCAAUGAGGAAUACCUCCGCAAAUCCCUGAAGACCAUCCUCACUUACGCUGAAGCUGAUGUUGAUCUGCAGGAAAACACCUUCCCGGAGCAGGUGAAGGACCUAGUGUUCAAUCUCCACAUGAUCCUGUCUGACACGGUGAAGAUGAAGGAGUUCCAGGAGGACCCAGAGAUGCUGCUAGAUCUGAUGUAUCGUAUCGCCAAGGGUUACCAGAACUCUCCCGACCUCCGCCUCACCUGGCUACAAAACAUGGCCAGCAAACACAGUGAGCGAGGGAACCAUGCUGAAGCGGCCCACUGUCUGAUCCACGCUGCCGGCCUGAUCGCAGAAUACCUGGACAUGUUGGAGGACAAACCCUACCUACCUGUUGGAUGUGUGGAUUUCCAGAAAAUUACACCAAAUGUUUUGGAGGAGAGUGCCGUGUCUGAUGACGUGGUUUCGCCUGAUGAAGAGGGUAUCUGUACGGGGAAGUACUUUACAGAGAGUGGUCUAGUAGGACUACUAGAACAGGCUGCCAGCUCUUUUACCAUGGCUACUAUGUAUGAAGCCAUCAAUCAUGUCUACAAGAUCCUCAUCCCCAUACAUGAGGCUCACAGAGACUUCAAAAAGCUUGGAGUCAUCCACAGUAAGCUUCACGAUGCCUUCAACACCAUCAUACGACAGGAGGGAAAGAGAGUGUUUGGUACCUACUUCCGAAUUGGAUUCUAUGGCCACAAGUUUGGCGACCUGGACGGAGAGGAGUUUGUGUACAAGGAGCCAGCCAUUACCAAACUUCCUGAGAUAUCACACAGGCUAGAGAGUUUCUAUGGCGACAGAUUUGGACAUGACAAAACCACCAUCAUCAAAGACUCCAACACAGUUGAAAGAGAUAAGCUAGACCCAGGCAUAGCCAGUAUACAGAUCACCUAUGUUGAGCCCUACUUUGACCUGUACGAGUAUCGGGAAAGGCUGACCUAUUUUGACAAGAACUACAACAUCAAGAGAUUUAUGUACGCUACGCCCUUCACCCUUGACGGUCGAGCCCACGGAGAUAUAUUUGAACAAUACAAGAGGAAGACAAUCCUGACCACCAGUCACACCUUCCCAUACGUCAAGACACGUAUGGCCGUCAUCAACCGGGAACAGGUCAUCCUGUCUCCUAUAGAAGUUGCCAUAGAGGAUAUUCAGAAGAAGACAAAAGAACUCGCCAAAGCGUUGUGGUCAGAACCAGUAGACACUAAAAUCCUUCAGAUGGUUCUGCAGGGUUGUCUGGGCACAACUGUCAACCUAGGGCCAGCAGAGGUGGCACUGGUCUUCCUCAAGCCUGUGAUGGAAGGCACUGCCGUAGCUACCAAACACCACAACAAACUCCGUCUCUCCUUCAAGGAUUUCCUCAAAAAGUAA